AUGCUGCGACCCUCGGCAUUUGCGUCGAGCUCGAGGCUCACGCUGGAGGCCUUCUUCGACAGCCGCAGCGACGAAGCCAUCUGGUCAAGCAUGAGCUUUGCGCGAGACGAGGAGCUGGUCGCUGCUCUCCUUGCCCCUCCACCGGCGGACAACACUCAGUCCUGGAUCGACCCGGGAGCAGCCUACCUUGGCCUGCGGUCAAGUGGACUGUAUGACCACUACCUCACCAUGCUGCUGCCACAGAUCCGGACACUGUACACCAACCUUCGUCCGACAGGCAUGCACCAGAUGCUCGUCUCCGACCUCCUCCUGCGUAAACCCGACGCUCAUGCUUUGCGCGAGAUUCUCCAGGCAGAGGCAGACCUCCAGCACCCGCAGACGCCCGGCGACAAGUUGAGAACAGGUCUCAUUGUCCAGGCGUACAGCACGAUUGCCGCACUGCUCCGCCGGCGUACCGUUACUCGCCUCUCGCGUUCGGCCAACGUCAUUAUCGCUCGUGCUUUGAUGAAGCAAGACGCCAAUGAUCUCCUCCCAAACAUCUUCUACGAGAUGGUGUACACUUGUACUUGGGAACCAAGACAGGCGUGGCCGCUCCUUCAGAUUGUCGCGCGCCUCGCCCGCAAUGGCCGUGCAUCAGACGCUCUCCGUCUCUUGCAGUACCCUCUCAGUCUUGGAAAGCUGCCAGAAGGUAUCCUUGGCCGCAGUUCUCCCACACACCCACAGGCAGCGGCACUCCUCGUCCAGUCGGCCAUUGCACGCACAGCCCUGUUCUGGGGGUUCGACGAACGUGCCAAUUGGAUGAUUGACGACCUUGUCACGACCAUGGAGAAGAGCGAGCCCUUCAGUGCCGCGUGCGAGCUUGUGUUUGCCGCGUGCCGCGCAGCCUCGGUCAGCGGAGUAUCCAGCCAGGUUGAAUGGGCUCGAGCGACCCUCUUGCGCAUGACCAAAGACGAGCGUUUCCCGGCCAUGGACGCCGGCACUCUGAACGUCCACCUCAACGCACUCCCCAUCGCCACCGCUCUCGAGUUUUACUCGGCCCUCCCCGUCCCCCACGCCCCAUUGACACCUCGCAACAUUCUCCGUCUUGCCUUUGCCCGGCCGACGCGUUCCAUCCUCAUUCGCCUGGCCGAGGACCUUAGCAAGACCAAGUCGGACACGGCAGCUGUCGUCCCUGGUGUGCUGCGUGCGCUGGCGAGCGCCCGCCUUCUCCCGUUUGUGCGCGAAGCAUACACCCAGUGGUGCACCACCUCGCCUUACCUCGACGCGUACACGACCCUCACACUUGUUCGCGCCUUCACCCGCGGUACACGGUCCUCGGCCAACACUGCGUUUGCACGGACCGUCCUCGCCCACUACCUCGCCACAACAGGCAGGUGGGUCCCGGUUGACAACCGCGCGACCACUGCACUGCACGCGUACGGCCUCAUUGGUAAUGUGGAGGGUACCGUCCCCCAGGAGAAGCAGCAACUCGACGACCUCGUCACUGCCCUCGGUGCCGAUGGUGCCCGUGCCCGCCUCCGGUCCCUGGCCAUGCAGUAUCCCCUCCUCGCCCACCGUCUCGUGGAAAUCACGCGGGCGCACGGUAUCGAGCUCGGCCAUUUCGGCGUCACCAUCGCCGCAGCCUGCGCGGCACGGCACUGGGGUGCGCUCUCCGUCGUUCCCAGCAUCAAGGCCACGCUUUCACGCGGGGACACGGCAUACAUCGCCGUCCUCCAGGCUUCGCGCAGGAACCGCUACGCAAAGACCCUUGCCCUCUUCAACACCGCGGUUGCGGGAUUCCCCUCGGAACCAAUCCUCGUCCCGACCACGGCGGCGGUCCUGAACCGUUUCGCACGGUACAAGCGCUGGGCCGACGGUCUGGAUGUGGUCGCCGAGGUCCUGCCCGUCAUCAGCGAGGAUAUCGUCGAGCACGUCGGUGUCUACCUUUCUGCAAUCGCGCGGGAGGCGCGCGAGGCGCGUCGCGCUCCCCAGCAGGACGAUGCCGCCGGCCGAUUGGCUAGCGUGACGCUUGCGUGGGAGGGCAAGCUGCCCGUCAUCACCGAGCUCGUGGGCGAGCUCGAGACGACACCGAGGACGCUCCUGGAGACCAUGGUGGAGGCUACAGACAAGGCUGUGCGCGGUGUGGAACAGGAACAGGCCGGGGCCGAGGCGCCAACAGACAGCGAGGAGGUUGACCUGGAGGAUAUCUGA